GUCCACAGCACUCACGACAGGCCGACAAGACAAUGGCCAAGGCUAAGGCAGCCCCCGCGGCGUCCAGUAGCAGCAAGGCUGCAAAGAAGAAGAAAUGGUCGAAGGGCAAGGUCAAGGACAAGGCGCAGCACGCCGUCAUCCUCGACAAGCCCACCUACGACCGCAUCAUGAAGGAGGUCCCCACCUUCCGAUUCAUCAGCCAGAGCAUCCUCAUCGAGCGGCUGAAGGUGAAUGGGAGCUUGGCACGGGUAGCCAUCAGGCAUUUGGAGAAGGAGGGCCAGAUCAAGCGGAUUGUCCACCACAGCGGCCAGUUGAUCUACACACGGUCUACGGGCGGAUCGGACUGAUUGGUCUCUCUUCGUCGAUUCUGCUAUCAUCGUCUCGCAUGCACGCUAAGGCAGCAUAUGUACUCUCACCACAUUAAAACAUGCCAUGAUAUGCCCGCCGUGCAUACGUGUGAUUGUGA